AUGAAGGCUGAAUCUUCUACCGCCAUCGCCGCCAUCACCAUGUCCUCAUUAAGCGCAAAAGACUCGCGUCGCCGUCAGUACCGUUCCUGCGAUCGAUGCAGAACCGGCAAGCGCGCCUGCAAUGCCGUGUACGACUCGGUCGCAGAGGCCAUCAACUCCAAAGUCGCCUGCUCCAACUGCCGCAAAAAGGGAAAGACCUGCUCCUUCCAAUACGUCCUCUCCAUCCUCGGCGGCGUACCUAGCACAGCGACCCAUCAGGAGCUUCCUUCCCUCUCCUUGAAACAAAACGACCCUUCCGAUGACGCAGAAUCGCUGCCACACAUCACAGCCACGCUCGCAACGGUCGCGCCACCUUGUGCCAGUCCCUUUGGUCUCGACUUGCGACAGCAGCAGACAGCGCCUUCCAACGGCUCCAUCCAUGCCCUUUCUCCGCCUUCGACCCUGACCCUGUCAAGGCCUCCCGAAUCCAGUCUCGUGCCCCACGGCCUGUCGCUCACACAAGCAAUGACAUUCGCAGCCGCCGCCUACAGAGCCUCGGCUACAAUCUCGCCUACCUCCUCCGCCCACCGAAUGAGCACCGCCAUCGACCGCAUCUUCCUCAACGACGGCCUCAUCCGUGUCUACGAAGGCGCCGCUGAGCAGGCUCUCAGAUGCUGGAUCACCUCCGCCAACACUCCCUACAUGCUCCUCGACCGCACAACUUCGUCACCACUCCCUAACGCCAUCUCCUCGAGCGCCGGUCAACAGCUGGUAUACUGGCGCAUCUGCGAGCUCGACCGUGGCGCACGUGGCCUCCUCGGCCACUCCUCCGCGGCACUCAGCAGGGAGAAGGACAUUAUGGACGCCUUCCAUUCCGUCGUACUCGCUUUUGCCGCACAGUGGAGCCCGCGUUGGAUCAGCGGCCUUGCCGGAAAGGCCAACCUGCACGCCGCGGGCCCACAGCUCAGCAAGGCGUCCGAGGACAAGGUCAGACUUGCGCUCUGGGAAUGCGCCAGGGACAAGCUGCAGAAGGUGGCCAACCUCGACUCGUUCCGCGUCAUCUUUGCGCUCAUCAUCUUCGCCUGGACCGAGAAGCCGCGCGAGGUCUUGGACAGGGCCGCCAACGACCCCGACAUCGACCUCAACAGCGACAACUGCGCCCUCGAUACCAGCUCCUGGCAAUCACCCGCAGAGGGCAGCACCUUCCUCCUCGUUGCAGCCAUGCACAAACUCCUCAGCAUCAAGUUCAAGAUCGAAGGCAAGAAGCGUCGCGGCCUCAGCCCUUGGAAUGCCCCGGCGUCCAAGUCCAAGCCGUCUGCUUCUGCAUCUCCAAAUCUAGACCAAGCGUCAUCGCUCAACGACGUCGCUGCAUCCUCCGGGCCAGGCACCCAGAAUGGGACCGAAUUUGAGCCAUCCGAAAAGCACAAGAUGGCAAGACAGAUCCAGAGCGACCUUGAGAGCCGCAGACAGUCCACCGAUGACAACACAGUGCACACCGCCGGCUCCAUGGACCGCACUGCCAAAGCCAGCCCAAACGAGGUAGCUCGUAUGGAGGGCACGUAUCACAUGCUCUACUGGCUAUGUGUCGUCAUCGACACCGAGACGAGCGUCCUGCGCAAACAUCCGCCCGUGGUGUGCGACGAAGACAGCGAGGUCAUGUCCUCGGUACCCGGUGCCGCCCUCUCUCCCGAUGCUUUCGACACCGCCUCUUGCGAGCUUCCGACUCCUGCAGCGGGUCGAAAGGGGAUCUGGGAUGACUACAUCAUCGACAUCAGCAAGCGCAAGGCAGCCACAGAGUUCGCCUCUUCGUGGCCCUGCGAUGAGAAAAAGGCAGCAGCGACGCUCGCCUUCUCGACUCCCGUCAAGGUCGUCAUGUUCCGUCAGAUCAGCCGUCUGCAGAUGUCGUUCUGGCGACGAGCCUCCACCCAGGCCGUCGAGCAGCACAUCCGCAGCGGUCUCUCCAUCAUCUACCACUGGAACCAGAUCUACGGUCGACUCAUUGACAGCUGCCGCGAAUCGCACGCCUCGCUGCCGGCGUCGAUACAGUCCUGGUAUACUCUGCUCGCAUUCCCGUGGUAUCUUGCCGUGCUUCUGUUUGUCGAGAUGGUGCAGACCGUCGAUAUGGCCGGCUCUAGCGACAAGCAGGCGCGCUUUGAGCGCGCCAGAUCCGGCAUCUUCCCGCGGCUGCGCGACCGCGCGUGCUCUGACCUCGCCUUGCUGAUCGGCGCGAUCCAGUCGACGGCGUUCAACCAUCAGGAGCCGACGUUCCAGUACGUCCGAGACUCGGGCGGUAAUGUGCUGCUCACCGAGCCGUGGUCCGAGAUCCUGGUGCACAGCAUCACCACCGUGGUCAAGACCGAAAUCAAGCUGCACGAAGGCUACUGCUCGCUCUUCAAGUGGAAGGAGCUCGAGGAGAGUCAUGCACGCAUCGAAAAGUGCCUCUGGGCUCUGGAGCAGCUGUCGGACCGAUCGCCGUCGGCGCACAUGGCGCACGAGCAGCUUGAGAAGCUGACGAAUGCCAGGAGACAGGGCAACCUCGCUUUCCCGCAGAUUCCGAUGGCCAGUCCGCCGCUGGCGCGGGACAUGCGCCCAGUGUGGCCCACGGAAGGCCCAAGUCCGGGCAGCGAUGCGGACAGCAACCGCGCAUCGGGCUUCGGCGGCUCGGUCGAGGGGAGCGAAGUGUCGCCGAUGGGGUUUGAUGGCGUGCAGGCAGAAGGCAGCUCGCUCGAGUCGGCUCUGCACUCGUACUUUACGGCGAAUCUCGGGCUAGCACACCAGCCAUCGGCGUCGCAGCACUGUGUGGAGCAGCAAGGUGUCCCACUUGGCGUGGCGCCGUCCCAGACCGACUAUCUGCAGCUGCUGCAGAUGAUCGGGCAGAACGGAGCGGCUAACGGACCAGCGGGCGUUGCUGCCGCGGACUCGCUUGUCGAAUCGCUGACAACGUCGGCCGGAGGCGAAUUAUCCAUCGAUCCGCUGUCGAUUCUCGAGACACUGGCGCAGUUGACCAACCAGCCUGUGCGCGACCUGCAUCCUCUAGGUUCAGAUGCUUCGUCUAGCUCGGUCGAAACCGUCUUCUCGCUCGACUCGACCGAGUGGGAUCUCGGAUUCGGUCCGGUUGCCUCGGCGGGAUUGAGUGCAGGCGAUGCAUUCGUCAGGCCAGGCUUGCACACCGCUCCGUCUUAUGCGACGCAGUCGACCAGCGUGACGAGCUGCAGCGAUGGCGAGGAGGAGGAGAGCCUGUCCGGUCCGGCCCAGAAGAAGUGCAAGACGGCUACGCCUAGCCCGACCGCUUUACAAGCGCCGCAUCCCACGCAGGGCGUGCAGGCAAGGCCGCCGAUGGCCGCGAACCACUCACUCAGCCAGAAGUUCAUGUCGAUGCCACUGCAGGCGGCUGCGCCGCGCGAGCACGACGACCUGUACGGUGACGAAGACGACGACGAGCUGAUCAGCUACAGGAACGGAUUGAAGCGCAAACGCGAGCACGCCGAGGGCGAUCGCACCAGCUCCGGGCAGGGCGAACGAAGAAAUGAAGCAGCGACAGUCGCUGCCUCGUAG